AUGCAAAAACAGAAUACAAAAGGCUACUCGGAAAAAACUUCGCUUACAAUCGGGGUUCCAAUUCACUGGGAACGACAUUUUCUCCUUUGGGAUGAUGUCACUGGUCUUCACUCGCACGAACCGGCUCAUCCAGCCCCGAUCCUUAUCCUCGUCGUUGCUGGAAAAGAAGGCCUUCGUCGACUAGCAUUGGAGCUUGAUCAGAUCUCAGAAAAUGGGCAUUUAGGAUGGGUGCGGUCAGUGGCAAUUGAUCCUAGUAAUAAUUGGUUUUGUACAGGUUCAGCAGAUGGAACUAUUAAGAUAUGGGAUUUAGCUAGCGGUAGGUUGAAGCUCACAUUAACAAAUCACAUUGGGCAAAUACGAGGCCUUGCUGUUAGCAACAAACACACAUAUAUGCUCUCAGCUGGUGACGAUAAACAAGUUAAAUGUUGGGACCUUGAACAAAAUAAGGUGAUUCGCUCUUAUCAUGGCCAUUUGAGUGGUGUUUAUUGCUUGGCUCUUCAUCCCACAAUUGACAUCUUGUUCACUGGGGGUUGUGAUUCUGUUUGUAGGGUUUGGGAUAUUCGGAGUAAAACACAAAUUUUUGCUCUCUCUGGACAUGAUAACACUGUUUGCUCUGUUUUUACUCGACCAAUGGAUCCUCAGGUUGUAACUGGCUCUCAUGACUCAACCAUAAAGUUUUGGGACCUUAGAUAUGGUAAGACAAUGACAACACUCACACAUCACAAGAAAUCUGUUCGAGCCAUGGCUCAGCAUCCUAAGGAAGAAGAUUCUUUUGCUUCUGCAUCAGCAGACAGCAUGAGAAAAUUCAACCUUCCAAAAGGAGAACUUUUACAUGGCAUGCUUUCCCAACAGAAGACCAUAAUCAACGUGAUGGCUGUCAAUGAUGAAGGAGUAAUGGCAACAGGAGGUGAGAAUGGAAGCUUGUGGUUUUGGGAUUGGAGAAGUGGUCACAAUUUUCAGCAAGCUCAAACCAAAGUUCAGCCGGGGUCUUUUGAUAGUGAAGCCGGUAUCUAUGCUCUCACAUAGAAUGUAUUUUUCCAGGACA